AUGUGGAGGAUACGGAGCAGAGACAAAAAGAUCAGUUAUCCAACAAAUGUGGAUACAUUUUGCGCUAGAAGCCAAAAGCCGACCAAAGGGCGCAGUGGAACUGUGGCAGAUCGUCGAAAACUUCGAAAACAAGGGGAAAUGUCAGAAGCAAUUGAUUCACUGAGCGCUGCGUCGAUCGAUCAGAGUGUCUCUCCUGUACCAAAGGGCAAGAUCCAUUUCGCCAGGCGUAUCUGGCGAACGACAGCCAAGCAAACCAUGGUCGAAGAAGAGGUGGCCUGCUGGGAACGUCGUCUCUUAGCCAGGCCAUUGCAACCGUCGUCGACUUUGUUCGAUCGAAUGAUAGACGAUAUCGAUGCCACGGAACAAACAUCACCAACUGAGUGGGAGCAGAUGAAGCAGUUGAAGAAGGAUAUUAUUCAUCAGUGCAUCAUUACGGGUCGUGGCAUGGCACACAGAUAUCACAACGAUGUUCUGCACGAACAGAAGAAGAAGUACUUCGUCAAGUGUGGGGUCGAUGAAUCCACAGCGGAAUGGCAAUUGGAAGUGAUCCAGGCGAUUGAGACUCGACAGCAACGUUUACAACAACGAACACAUUUACGAGAACCAGGAGAACCGUUAGUAACGCAAGCGCCACGACAAGUAGUUCUGCUCCGAUAACCAGGACAAGUACCAGGACGUUCUUUACCAUAAGGAGGAUAAGUGAAAAGAGUUCCACCAUUAUUAGGACCACCAAUAAUAGGUAUAACAGUACAACCUUCAGGACACGUCCAUUUGGAUGCUUGGCUGCUGAAACCAACUAUAGCCAGGAGGAUUAUUACUGAGACUA